UAUCCGUCUAAAACCAAACGCGCGCCUUUCCUCUCCCUAAAACCGCUGCUAUAAAAUCCCCACCAUCCCCUCCCGCUCCUCUCAGAACAAUCCUCGUAUCCUUCUCUCUUCUCUUAUUUCCCACCCAAAAAGGAGGCACCUUUGGGUUUUGAAAUGUGCGGCGGAGCGAUCAUCUCCGACUUCAAGCCGGCGGGGAGCCGGCGGCGGACGGCCGAUUAUAUGUGGCUGGACAGAAAGAAGGGGCGGAAGCAUGAGGUGGUGGAGAUCGAAGACGACUUUGAGGCCGAUUUCGAGGAGUUCGAGGAUGAAUCUGAGGAGGAGAAGGAGAUCGACGUCAUGCCCUUCGCCUCCGGCUCCAAAGUUCCCUUCCCUCGAGAGUUGUCAACCAAUCUAACAUCCGUGGAUUGUGGUAGAUAUGUCUCAAAAUCGGCCAAAAGGAAGAGAAAUAGUCAAUAUAGAGGAAUCCGCCUGCGUCCAUGGGGCAAGUGGACAGCUGAAAUCAGGGAUCCUUACAAAGGUGUUCGUGUCUGGCUCGGGACAUUCAAUACUGCUGAAGAGGCUGCAAGAGCUUAUGAUGUUGAAGCCCGCCGUAUCCGGGGCAAGAAAGCCAAGGUGAAUUUUCCUGAAGCAUCUGCAAGUGCCCAAAAGCGCCGCCAUGAACAAACUCUGCAAGCACCAAAACUAGCAAUCUCAGAAAAACAUAAGUUUAACCAGUCUUGCCUGAAUGACCUGGACCAUGAUUUCUAUUCUACUGUGGAGCACAAGGAAGUUGAGGAGCUUACUAAGCUUGAGUUUCUGAAUUCCCUUCCCUCGCUAGAAUCUUUUCCCCUUUCUGUAUGUGCUGAGUUUGUGAACUCUCUCUCUGACCAGAGAAGUAACUCUAUGGAUUGUUUGGACUUUGGAUGGGGACGUGAGACCAGGACUUCUGAGAUCACAUCACUUCUUUCUCCCACCAUAGCUGAAGGUAAUGAAUCUGGAUUCCUGGAACAUUGUAGCCCCCAGAAGAAACUUAAAAACAAUUCCAGAGAGGCAAUGCCAACAAUUGAAGACUCUGCAAUGAAAUUCUUUGAGGAGCUAUCUGACUUUAAUACAUAUAUGAAGUUCCUGCAGAUUCCUUGUAUAGAGGAGAGCUCAGAUGAAUCAAUUGACAGCCUUUUCAGCUCCGAAGUGGCUCAGGAGGGGUUGAGUACUUUGGACCUUUGGAGCUUUGAUGACCUGCCCAUGGAGGGCAGUGUUUACUGAAUGAUGGUGGUCAUUGCAACUGGUCCUCUGCAAAUAAAGACUGGGUAAGCAUUCCAUGAUCUCAUGAAGUUCCAUGAGCUGGAUAUGGUUAGAAAUUCCAUGCUGUGGUUGAUGUUCUUCUGAGAAAGGUAAUACCUCUCUUUCUUCAGCUUGGUUCUCAGUUUCUGUUUAGGGCGUCCUCAACUUCCCCCUCUGUUGCAACACUCAGCUUUCCCAGAUGCCCAAGAGAGUACCAAAGCUGCUGGCUGCAGUUCAUGGUUCAGCUUUGAGGCUUCAUUCAGAGGACCCUCCAAUUCUGUUGUCUGUUACAAAAGUCCCACUGACAUUUCUGUAAUUUGGUCACGGUUUACAUCCUGAAUGGAUGCUCUGUAAACUGCUCUUAAAACUGAUGUAUCAUCAGUUCUUUGUAAAUUCUUCAUCUGAAUAAUGGAUUGGUGGCUGUUUUUCCAGCCUCCUAUUACCAUUAAAAAAAAAAUGUUCAGAAGGCAAUUAACAGAGUCAAAAUAUGCCUGAUUGGUGA